AUGGAGAAAGGCGGAGGCUCUAGACUUCUUCAAAUGCAGGCCCGUUUCCAACAAAAGCAACUGCAGGAGCGUGAACUAAAAAUAGCGUCUCUCUACGAAGCGCAACAGGCUCGCGCACUCGACCGUGUGAGGCACUCUCCCAGCAAUGGCAUGGCGAGCACCCCCACACCCACCGUCACGCACCAGCCGGGCAAGGUACGCCAAAUGUUUGAAGAACGACGAACGAAAGCCGGCAUAGAUAAGAGUUACCCAUUACAACCCAUACAAAACACAGAUCGCAUGCCAUCAAAAAAAACCUUGCCUAAUGGCUAUUCAAAAGUAUCAACAAAUCGGACCCUAGAGAAGAAAUCUUCAACAGUCAAAACCCAUACAAGCAUUAGUUCGCAUACUAUGAAGAAGCAAAGUGUUAUUCAGAACCAUAAAAUGGACAACUUAGUGAAUGGCUCCGGCGACCUUAAUCACAACCAUGAAGAAGACUUGAAUGUCAAACGAGUGAGCAACGGAGAUGUGGAGCCCUCAGAUGAAACGGAUCACGUCAACGGAACAAAUGGCAGAGAAAAUGAUAACUAUCUGUUAGAGAACGAGACGUUCCCCGAAGCUCUGGCGCCGGCCGCCACGCCGCGGUCGCCGGAACCGAUUGUCGAAGCAAAGAAAACAAUUCGAAGGAGCCCAGCAACAAGACCUAAGAGUCCAGUAACAAGACCUAAGAGUCCAGCAAAAAGACCUAAGAGUCCAGUUAAAAGCAAAUCCCUUCAAUCCUCAACUACUCCAAGAAGAACGGUCAGCGAGAACAAGGUUUCCGAUCGUGAGGAUAAUAAGCCGAAAGCGGUCAUGCAGCGGGGAACUCACUCCGUACUUAGAAAAACUAGCAUGGUGAGCCCGCAAGCAAACAGCACAAGCAAGGUGAAGCCGGCGCCGGCGGCGGCGGGCGAGGGCGGCUGCCCGACGUGCGGGCGCCGCUUCGCGCCCGACCGCCUGCUCAAGCACCAGGAGAUAUGCAGGAAGACGCACGCCAAAAAGCGCAAGCCCUACGACGUGCUGAAGCACAGGCUGGCGGGCACAGAAGCAGAAUCGUUCAUCACAAAAAUACGAAAGAGCACGACGACGCCUUCAAGUACCAAAACACAAAAGCCCACGAACAGCAGCUGGCGCCAGAAGCACGAAGAGUUCAUCCGCGCGAUACGCGCCGCCAAGCAGGUGCAGGCGCACCUUAAUGCUGGAGGCAAGCUCAGCGACCUCCCCCCGCCCCCGCCCUCUGAGAACCCCGACUACGUGCAGUGUCCGCACUGCCAGCGCCGCUUCAACCAAGGCGCGGCCGAGCGGCAUAUACCCAAGUGCGCCAACUUCCAGUUCAACAAACCCAAGCCACCGCCCAAAAGACGA